AGGUCGGGAGUCAGAGAGUGAACCUCCUCCGAGCCCCAAUUCCCAGGAACUCCUCCGUCCCACCUCCCCCAGUCUCUCUGACUCUGCCCUGGUCUCUGAGAGUUGAGAAUCUUCCGCUUCUCUCUCUGACCCUCCACCGCCACUCUACCCCAGCCCCAGCCCCAGCCCCAGUCCCUCCAACCUCAUUCGGCUUCUCUUCUCCCCCACCUCCCCCAGCCAGGUCCACUCCAGCCUCACCCAGUCCUGAAUCCUCCCAUCUCCCCUCCAGUUUCGCCCAGACCCUUCCCCUUCAGCUUUUCCUCAGUUCCUUUCUCUUCCAGCCUCUCCCCUUCCCCAUCGACCUCCCCCAUUCUGUCCCCUCCUCCAUCCUUUCCUUCCAAUCUCGUUCUGUUGCAGCCAUUUCGGGUGACUCUCCAUUGAGCUCUCCGGCUCAGAUGGGGACACGACUGAUUGUCUGUCUGUCUGUCUGUCAUUCCUUCCCUUAGCCCCCAACACACGGUCUGAGAGAGGGGCUGGGAAAUAGGAGUAUUUGGAGGGAAGGAGGGUUGGGAAAGAGAGACCCUCAAGUCUCUAGGACCAAAGUGGAAUUCGACUCCUAUGAGGGAUAAAGAGGGAUGGGUUCAACCAGGUCUCCCCUCUCCCACAUUUCCCCAGCACCCAAAGCCUCCGAUGUCGGGGGCAAGAUGGUCAAGAAAGGAGACAGGGUGAUAAAGGAGAAGCCGCCACCUGUCCUACCGCCUGUGGGUGAGGAGGAGCCAAAAAAUCCAGAGGAAUAUCAAUGUGUGGGAAUCUUGGAACAGGACUUUGUUGAACUCUGUACUCGUUCAGGAUACACAGAUUUCCCCAAAGUUGUUGCUCGCAAUCAUGGCCGCCCUACCUUCACCUCUGAAAAGCUGGUGGUGGAGGAACAGCGGGUCUCUGCCUCCUGUAGCCAAAACAGUCUCCUCCAGAUUGAAACCAAGUAUGCCUUCUUCCGGCCCACCAUCCAGGUGGAGCUGGAGCAAGAUGACCCCAAGACAGUUCUGGAAAUCUUCAUUCGAGGUUGGAGACUGGCAGAACCAAUUCUGGGUAUUUUCAGCAAGUGUCUGCCCUCUCUCACCCAGCUGCAGGCCAUCAACAUGUGGAAAGUGGGGCUGACGGAUGAGACCUUGACCACCUUCAUUGCCCUCAUCCCUACCUGUGCCUCCACUCUCAAGAAGGUGUCUCUGGAAGGAAACCCGAUAGUGGAACAGUCUUACCACAGGCUCAUGGUCCCGGAAAGCACUAUCACGCACUUGUCCCUGAGGAAUAAUAACAUCGAUGAUCAGGGUGCAAAGUUCCUGGGUCAGGCAUUGUCCACACUGCGUACCAGCAACCGAACUCUGGUCUCUCUCAACCUGGGCUACAACCAUAUUGGAGAUGAGGGUGCUGGCUACAUAGCAGACGGCCUGCGGCUAAACCGCUCCCUGCUCUGGCUGUCUCUGGCCCACAAUCGCAUCCAGGACCAGGGUGCACUGAAGAUAGCCGAGGUGCUGCAGCCUUUUGAACUAACACACACGGAGGUGGUGGAACGCCGGCGACUUAUGCUUGAAAAGGGGGCUCAGGACCGAACAAGAAUAUCAAGGCCAUCGCCCAGUUCCUCCCGCCAUGGAGAACGAGACCGGCCUCUGUUGGGAGCUACUAGUACUUUGGCCAUUGACAAGCUUCAGGGAAUCAAGACCAUCAAAGGUGCAUCGAGCAAGAAGAAGGAGAAGGAAGUAGCCAAGAAAGAGGAGAAGCCUGGGUCUGGGCUAUCCCCCACACAGAAUGUCCCAAAGAAAGAAGAUUCUUCCAAGAGUUCUAAAGGGAAACUAAGCAUCCCAGAACAGAAGCCUGGUCGGGGAAGGGGGUCCAAGAUAGGGCCCAAGGAGAAGCGAAGUCUUUUUGCUGAGUCCGAAGUGAUCCAGAAGAAGCUAAUGCCUGAGCCCACCGAGAUCCUCAAUCCUCUCCUAGAGCAGGCAGAGCAUAAAAACGGGAAGGUUUUCUUGCCAGGAAACAAAGUUCUUAUGCAUCUCAAUCUUAUUCGGAAUCGAAUCACAGAAACAGGUCUGAGAGGCUUCCUCAGUGCUGUCCAAUAUCAAGUGAAGUACACCAAACCCAAGACCCCAACAAAAGGCCCAUUAGGACUGGUAAAACUGAUGCUAGGGAAAAAUUCCUUUCCCCCACAAUGUGAGACCUACAAUAUGAUCCAAGAUUUGAUGCUUCCUCGAGAACUCAAGACUAAGAGAGAUGAAGAAGGCCCAUCUGCCUCUGCCUCCUGAGCCCCUUGGGGGUGAAGGAUUCAUACCUCAAAUUAUCUCUGGGUUAAUAAUAAAAUC